UUAUAUUCCUGUUAAUAUUCUUGAGCUUUAUUGUGGCAUGCAGUUAAGUUACUUGAAAGCAAUUUGAUCCUUUUGGGUCUUUCUCUUAAGAUUUGUUAGGCAGGAACUGUUUAGUCUAGGGCAGCAGUUCUCAAUAGCAAUGUGAUUGGCAUUUUGGGUCAGAUGAUUCUUUGUUGUGGCAAGUGUCCUGUAGGUUAUAGAAUGUUUAGUAUCAUGCCUGGCCUCUCCUCUCAAGGUGCCAUUAGCACCCACCAAGUUGCAACAACCAAAAUUGCUUCCAGUAGAACUGCUGCUUUAAGGUUAAUUUUGCCCCUUGACUGGGGCAAAAUCCUUUUGUGUACUCUACCCAGUAACCCAUGAAUCAUGAGAUAUCUCAAUGUAGCUCUUUGGGAUAGGCAUUUUUCCUGGCCUUAUAUGAGUGUGGGCACUGUUCAGUCCUUUUGGGUGUUUCUUUUCUUGGCUGUGGUUAGUUUCUUCACACAUAUGCGCUGAUCAGUAUUCAGCUGAAUAUUCAAGGGAGACCCUCUACACGUCUAUGGAGUUCUCUUUUGUGCAUCUCUCUCCUCUCUUGUACUCUGUUCACAAACACUAGCCGCUGUGAUUUCCCCAGACUCUCAGCGCCAUCUCUUCAUCUCAAGGAGUUCAUUAGACCCCAUCUGGUUUCUCCCUUUCCCCCCAGUGGCUGGAAAACUCUCUCAAGGCAGUAAAGUGGGGAGUUCUGUCUCUCAGGGAUUAUUCACCUUUGUUGUCUGAUAUCCAGUGUCUUGAAACUGUUCUUUUCAUGUAUUUUGUUUCAGGUGGGAGGAUAAAUCUGGUUUCUAUCAAUCCUCUUGGCCAGAAGCAAAAGUCCCUUUUUACUGGUAAUUGAUUCCUAUGAAUUACUGGUUAAAGAUGAAAGUGUUAUUACACAUUUACUAACUUAAUUUCUUCAUUUUAUUGAUUUGGAUAAGACCGGUAGCUGUCAUAUUCUUCGUUUAAAGUCUCCUGUUCCCUAUAGUUAGUUCCUGUGACACAAAACACUAAAUUGGCCCUAAAGCCUUUGAUCAUCUUUUAAUAUGCCUCUUUAAUGCAGAUUUUCGAAGCAUUAAAGAGUGACGUAAUAUGGACCUCUAACUGUAUGUAGUAGCAUACAAUUAAAGGACGAGCCCUGACCUGAUGAAGCAUAACAGUGGUAUGUGUCAUGUUUUUAGGGCAUUGCCACAGCAGACUCAAAGACUUUCAGGAGGCUUCCAUGUACAGUAACUUAUAUUUUGUAGCAGCUAAAAAGCCAGCAUCAAAGCCUGUGUUUUAGCCUGAGUGAGGAUAUAAAGAACUGGUGAGCUCAGACUGAAAAAAGAACAUGAAAGAGGAGAAGAAUCAUUUUGAGCAGAGUAUGAGAUGAAACUAUAAUGAAGUAUAAUACUGCAAAGAUGGGAGUGACUUGGAACUCAUUGGUGGCAGUGGAGGAGGAAAUGGCAGGACCUAAUCAACUCUGCAUUCGCCGCUGGACAACCAAGCAUGUAGCUGUUUGGUUGAAGGAUGAAGGCUUUUUUGAAUAUGUGGACAUCUUAUGUAAUAAGCACCGACUUGAUGGAGUCACAUUGUUGACAUUGACUGAAUAUGAUCUCCGAUCUCCUCCUCUGGAAAUUAAAGUCUUAGGGGACAUUAAAAGGUUAAUGCUCUCAGUCCGCAAACUGCAGAAAAUACAUACUGAUGUUUUAGAAGAAAUGGGCUACAACAGUGACAGUCCCAUGGGUUCCAUGACUACUUUCAUCAGUGCUCUUCAAAGCUCAGAUUGGCUCUGUAAUGGGGAGCCUUCACAUGACUGUGACGGACCCAUUACUGACUUGACUUCUGAUCAGUACCAGUAUAUGAAUGGUAAAAACAAACAUUCUGUUCGAAGAUUGGACCCAGAGUACUGGAAGACCAUAUUGAGUUGUAUAUAUGUUUUUAUAGUAUUUGGGUUUACAUCUUUCAUCAUGGUUAUAGUCCACGAGCGAGUGCCUGACAUGCAGACGUAUCCACCACUCCCAGAUAUUUUCUUAGACAGUGUUCCUAGAAUCCCAUGGGCCUUUGCCAUGACAGAAGUUUGUGGCAUGAUUCUGUGCUAUAUUUGGCUCCUGGUUCUUCUUCUUCACAAGCACAGGUCAAUACUUCUGCGAAGGCUCUGUAGUCUGAUGGGCACUGUUUUCUUGCUUCGCUGCUUUACCAUGUUUGUGACCUCCCUCUCCGUGCCAGGACAGCACCUACAGUGUACUGGAAAGAUAUAUGGCAGUGUAUGGGAGAAAUUACACCGGGCCUUUGCCAUUUGGAGUGGCUUUGGUAUGACCCUGACUGGCGUUCACACUUGUGGAGAUUACAUGUUCAGUGGCCACACAGUUGUCCUAACUAUGCUGAAUUUCUUUGUCACUGAAUAUACACCAAGAAGCUGGAAUUUCUUGCAUACCUUAUCCUGGGUUCUCAACCUCUUUGGAAUCUUCUUCAUUUUGGCUGCUCAUGAACAUUAUUCCAUUGAUGUGUUCAUUGCUUUUUAUAUCACAACGAGACUCUUUUUGUACUACCAUACUCUGGCCAAUACCAGAGCAUAUCAGCAGAGCAGGAGAGCAAGGAUUUGGUUUCCCAUGUUUUCUUUCUUUGAAUGCAAUGUUAAUGGCACGGUACCUAAUGAAUAUUGUUGGCCAUUUUCAAAACCAGCAAUAAUGAAAAGGCUGAUUGGUUGAAGACAGUAUCUUUGUCAUGGGUUUGUGAUUAAAUACACAAUAGUUGUUGAAAAUGAAUAACGUUGCUUCCCCCCACCUAGGUUGUUCCUGGAUGCCUUGCUUUUUGCUUAUAUAUUGACAAAGUAAAGUUCCCUGUUCUGAGCAGGGCUAUGAUUGUAAAAAGCAAGAAAGAGCAAUCAAGAGUCCUUACAUAGCUGUUUGAAAGAAAACUUAAGAAUAUGUGUUCUGCCCUUCUCUUUAGACAGAGUUAAUGUUUGUGAUUGAAGUCAGGCUGUUACCCUUAUUUGUUGAGUAUUUGCUUAUUGAACUUAAGCAAAUCAGCUUAAGCAGUUUGCUGGGUGAAGGAUUUUUACUGGUUCCAAGUAGGACUCUAGUCAAGAAAUAAUAUUUUUUGAAGCCCCUUAUUAUCUUCAAAGGAAAAAUCCCUACCAAGUGAGCAGUACGUGUUCUUUGAACUAAUCUCUUUGUCUGUUUAGAAAAUGCAACUCUGGAAAGCGAUCCAUUUUAUUGACAAAUAAUUUUUGCCUUCUAAGUCAUCUCUAAGAAAAGUAUACUGAAUAAACCAGGAUGCCUGAAACACGAAGAGAAUGAAAGGGGCAGUUGAUGAGGGGACAGAGUGCUGAUGGGGAAACUACCUGCCUCCUCAUCAAUGCAAAUGUAGUGCUGGCAUUUUUUUUUUUUUUUUAACCAAAGAUGCAGUUCUUAUUUUGUCUAAGGGUUCAGUAUGACCAUCAGUAAGUAUUCAUGAGAGAAAAAUGGUUGCAUCCAUAAAAAUAAAAUUGACUUAAUCUUAGUAAUGUAGGUACCUGGAAUCACUUUGUGCUAUAGUUGUUAGUUAGACAAGUGACAGCCCAAUUUUAUGCUUUUUUAAUGAUGUUAUUUAAUGAGUAAAAUAGGAGUGUUUUACCAGAUGCUAGAUAAAGUUCUUAUGCCCUUAAAUAGGGAGGUGUGCAUGCAAACUUUUUCCUCUUUCUGAAGACAAAUUUAUAACAGGUUUCAUACAUAAAACUUUUUGGUUCUUGAAAUUUCUCCUUCUUGCUCAUCAGAAGUGGGCAGUCUCAGACAUAUCUGGAUGCUAAAAUGUUUUGUUGUUUUCUAUUUUUAAAUAUAAUUGUGUACAUAUAUUCUGUUUAAUCUUAGUUUGGCAGUCAGGAUAAUUUAGUUGCUGUUUUUAGAACACUAGAAAUUUAGUACCUUAAGUAAUUUCCCCUUAUGAUAACAUUCGUCACUUUAUUUUUAAUGAUUUUGUAUAGUAGUUAUGAUAGUAGGAUGGUUUUGGUAGAUUUGAACCCCCAACUUGUGAGCUUUGCCACUUGGAAUAUUAAUUGUGUAGUCUUUACUUUCCAUUUUAAAACAAGAAGUUAGAAAAUGUGCUGGCAUACUGAAGUCUAAAAUUAGGCUCCUCAGCAGAAGCCUAUUCCUUCUUUACCUGAUGAAAUAUUUUAUUUUUGCACUUUAAUUCAUACUUCUACCCUGUAUGAGCUACAGGGAAGCCUGAAUGAAUUUGACAAGAAAGGAGUAUUAUGCAAACAAAUUUCAGCCAAUGUUGAAUGACCCUAAUUUGGAUCUGUUCUGAACAUUAUUUUUUAUUUCUCACUUGAGAAAUGGUACAACGCAAUUCCAAUUUUAUUAUGUUUUAAAUCUCACACUUCAGGAUCGUCUGAUAUCUUAAAUUGUUGAUUCUAUUACAACUUAGGGAUAAAAAAAAAUGCCAACAUUUCAUGUAAGGAAAUUGCAUAAUCAUGAAGGGUGAAGGAUGUUUCUCCUGCCAGUUAGAAUGGUGUGACCCUUGAAAUCAAAAGAAGUGUUACUGCCAUUUUUCCUAAGUGGCAGUACAGGACCGAUUUUAUCUAGGAAGGGACUGAUGUUGGCUUUUGAGAAAAGGUUUAAAAAACAUCUGUGGCAACAUUAAUUCAAAGAGAUAAUGAAAUAGCUACCUAAUGGUAAAUUUUCCUAAUGUCAGUCUUCUUUCCUUCAUAUGGAUUCUAUUCUAGAAAAAAAUAGAAAAAAAAAAAGCAACUAACUUUGCAGAGCUAUUGACAUUGAAAGUGGCCUGACAACAGACUGCAAUGAGGAUUAUAAAAUAACUUUUCAGCCUUGCAUUUAUUCGUAUGUGAUUUGAGAAAAAGGUAAGCUAGAUUUAUAAUUUAUUGUUCUAACUAUUACAAGGCAGUGUUUACAAAAAUUAAUCAUCUCCAAGUCUCUUUCUUGGAAAAUAUUGGGACAAAAUUCUUUUCAGCUUUUUUUUUUUUAAAAAAACGUGAAACCUACAUUUUAGUUGCUUUUUAUAUUGUCCAGAAAGUUCCAGAUUUUCUUUGUAUUUCUUUUCUUGUAGAAAUCUAAACCAUAGUGAAGAUCGUAUUUAUGUUUACAUUUUGGGCACUAAUGUGGCUAUGUAGAGAAGUUUACAUGAGUUAGGUCUACAUAAUUUUUGACCUUGUAUAUGGUUCUCCCGUUGCAGGCUUAUGAGACUUUAGUAUAGAAGAAACCAAGGUUUUUGGUUUGAGUAUGUAAACUGGGAGGUUAUGUUGAAAGUCUUGGAUAUAUUUUCUGUGUUCCUAGGGGGCAGCAUUGCCUUUUGUCUUUUUUUAAAGCCCAGGCAAAAGCAGUGUUACUCUCAGCAUACCUGAAGUUGGUAGGGAGUAGGUCUUGAAGAAGGCAAGUUUUGCCGUUAUUGCUAAAUAAUUUGGGGGCAACCUUUAGCUAUGCUGCAGAAUUCUCAACGUGACUAUCCUCUCCAGAGUUCUUUGUGGCCAGAAUUGCUAGGGCAAAAAUACAACUUCUAUAUGCUGGCUCCAUUUAUUAGUAUCCUUUCAAAUCAGAAAGCAAUGAGCUUAGCUUUAGAACCAGUCAGUUAAAAUAAGUGUGGGUUGAUCACAAGAAAAAUCCAUUGAUGAGAGAGACCUACUGGUGGCGUAACUGUUUUAAGAAUGACAUUGCAAGUGGUGAUCUUUCCUACUUUGUAUCUGCCUGAGUGUUAUUACUUAGAGUUCCAAAAAUCCUAUAAUUUAUAAACAAGGAACAGAGGAGCCAAAUCCUUUAAUAGCUAAUGUGAAAAAGUCUGGUUUAGGGAAUCUGUUUGGACAGUGUUUGUUACUAAAUUCAUAUUCAUAACACUAACCUGCUUUGACUGUAUUCAGCAAAAGGCAAUUUCAUCAUUAAUUUAAUAGUAAACUUUUUUAAGGAUCCUAGUUCCAAAUUCCAGAGAACAUUAAUGUAUUCUUGUUUUAAACACUCUGGUUUAAUCAACUUAAUUCUUUGAUGGUCUUUUUGUAGACUUACCCCUUACUAGAAGUAAUUAUAGUAAUAGUCACUUGGUUUUUUAAGGUUUUCAGGUACUUGACACAAAAAAACCUCUUCUAGAAUAGUCCAGUUGCUUUCUUAAGCAGUUAUGAUGUCACUUAGACAUUUUCAAAGCCAACAAAGCAUUUCAGUGCCAACUUUACUUGGAUUUGUAAAGUUUAGUCUGAAUUCUCCCUAUACCUCUAUAUAGGAAAAUUGUUAGGAACAUCAAAGGUCAGAAUGCUUCAGGUGACCAAUAAGAAAGGAAAGAGGCUUUAUGGUUUUGUUUUGUCUUCCUGUCUUUUAGUGGCUUUUAAUGGCUAAAAUUGCUCCCAGCAAAUGCCACCAAUUUCGCGUAACUAAAAUGAGACCUAUUCCUUUGCAUUGAGUCCAAUAUAAAUAUCUGUGAAAUCUAUAAGCUAUGUUUCAACUGUUUUUUUUGGAAUAUAUUCUACCCUAAAUUCAACCAAAAGUCAUUUUACUCGGUGUACUCUGAGUCUCAGCAUAACAAAGCAUUGAGCCUGAUAGGGAGGGAGAAGGAAUAAUAUGUUAAUUUUAUUGUCACUUCAGGUCUGUUGUUUCAAUCUAAUCUACUGGGUUGUCUGAGGAUUUGAACAUAGAAAGCCAAGUGAUGUUACCAGUUAGUAAUGUCAUCUUCCAAAUGUUUCAUUUUAAUAAUUUUUCAUUCAGAGAAUCUAUGGGUUGUUAGGAACUUGUAACAAAAGAAGUGAAAACUGGUAUUUAAUGAGGGAAGCAAAAUUAGCUUGGACUAAAAUGGGGCAUGUUUUGAGAAUUCUACCCAUAUGUCUCCCUAUCCACAGAGAAACUAGUAUUACUUGAAGAUGUGAAAGUUCCUGUGGUAGCCAUACCUUGAAGCACAGUAUUGUACAUAAGUAAAUAUCUUGAUUCUAAAUUAAAUCCAGAUUUAACUAAUAUAUAUUAUUUUAUAUCUUUGUUGUAUUAAAAUGUUUAAAAACACUAAAAAUAAAACAUUUGAAAGUUGGA